AUGAACUUUUGCGACACAAAUGGAGAUGUCCCAUACCAAAAGUGCAAUCAUCCAUUUACUUUGUCGGCAAAGGAAAAAGAGUGCGUUGAAAAGUUUCUCUCGAAUAUUGGUUCGACGUCUGCAAUAGGUGAGAACGAGUGUCGAGCGUUUCGAUUUCUCGCAGCUCGGAAAUUUAACAUUCAGGAAGCUAUUGAGCUUUAUCAAGCUUAUGAGGCUUUCUUACGAGCUGAAGGUAUUACCGUCAUUGAUCCUUUCGAUGAGAACGUCCGAUGUGAACUCUUGUCCGGAAAAUUUACUAUUUUGAAUGAUAGUGACCUAUCAGGUGCUCGUGUUGCUCAAUUUUUUGUAAGACUUCACCGGCCGGCUAGGAGUACCCACAAGGCUUUUCUCCAGUCUGUUAUGUUUCAGCUGAAUGCUGCUCUUCGGAAGGAAACUGCGGUUCGGAAUGGCAUAAUCCUUAUCUACGAUAUGACGAAUGCCAAAUACUCAAAUUUUGACGCAGAUUUGUUGAAAAAGCUGUUCAAUAUGCUCAAAUCUUGCUACCCGAUUCGUUUACGGCGGAUAAUAAUCUUAACUGCACCGUUUUGGUUUCGGGCUCCCUUCCAUCUUGUGAGGGUUUUUAUAAAGGAGGAGCUCAGGGAUCGUGUGCACGUACUGCGACCUUUGCCCGGCUCUCGCCUGGCUUCCCUUAGCAAUCCUGACCCAGCUGUCGCCCAGAAAGCGCACUUCUCUUGGCUUCUUUCUGCCCUCUCUGAGACUGUUGCUAUCCCCAACGAGUUUUCGAUGAUCGGCAAAAUUGCUCUGCUUGUUAUCUGCCUGGCUGUUCGUUGA